UCCUCCAAGUUCUCUGUCUCAACUGCACAAUGAAGAAAAAUCUCACUACUCUCUUCAAUGGCUUCUUCCUUAACACACCCACCACCACCACCGCAUCUGCCCUCUCUAAAUCCCAAACCCAACUUCACCCGCCGCUCACUCCUCCUCACAUCCACCGCCACCACUCUCUCCUUCCCUUCACUCUCUUCCUCCGCCAUACAACCACCAAACCCCACCAUCACCGACCGUAUCUUCAUGGAAUUCAGUCUCUGCCCAAACUAUUACCUCCCAAAUCGAACCCUAGGUGACACCAUUUCCACUUUAUGCUCCGAUUCAACUUUACUCGGUCGCGUCAUUCUCGGUCUCUACGGUAAUCUCGUUCCUCGCACCGUCUCAAAUUUCAAAUCCCUCUGCAUUUCUAACCCUAAUUCUAACCCUAAUUCCUCUUCCUACAAGAACACACUCGUCCACAAGGUUUUACCAGGUCAAUACUUUCUUGCUGGACGUCAAGGUCGUCCUGACAGAGGUGAGGUCCGCCCUCCAAGUUACCUCCCACGCAACACUGAAACAGUGGACCCUAAGGCGUUCGCGCUUACACAUUCCCGGCCUGGCAUUGUUUCGCUAUCGCUGUCGGAAAAUGAUGAUGAAGAUGAGAUUAAAUUUGACCCUGAAUAUAGGAAUGUUGAGUUCUUAAUUACUACUGGACCUGGACCUUGUCCUCAGCUUGAUAACAAGAAUAUCGUCUUUGGAACCGUGCUUGAAGGGUUGGAUGUCAUCACAGCCAUAGCUUCCACUCCCACGUACCAACCAGGUGAACGAAUUCGCCAAUUUAAUGACUUGGCUGAAUUUUUCGGAGACGAAAGGGCCCAGAAUGCUCGUGCCAUAUGGAACAGGCCUCUUACCACUAUUUAUAUUAGUGACUGUGGGGCGCUAGAGGUUACAAAGCCUUCCCUCACACCUUCUCUCCCUUAAUUUAUUUUCAUGUAUAUAUAUAUAUUAUCCAAGAGGAGUUCAUUUAACUAAUGUAUAUGUAAAAUCAUACUCAAAUUCUUUCAAAGAAAAUGAUGAUUAAUUCAA